CUGAACAGGAACCGGCUACGCACCGCCACGGACCGGACCGACACCGGACCCACACCCGGAUUCACCUCCACACCGCGGACCCACCGACGGCCCCGGCUCCCCCUCACCUCCGCACGGAUCGGUCGGCGGUGUUCGGAGCUUCGGCCGGUGCUUCCUGUCGGCGGCUCUUCUCGGACCGCGGAUCCGUCCUUUUGUUGUUGUUCCUCGGUGGAGGUCGGUUUCUGCUCCCGGUCUCGGCCCAAACGGAAUGAAUGACAAAAACAAAGGAGGUUGAUGUUCACAACUCCCCGACUCACCUCUUCUUCGCCUCGCCCAAGGAACGGAGACUCCAUCUCCGGCAGAAGAUGGAAGCCGGAGGCGGGACUGAGGGCUCGGACGGCGGACACACACAGCACGCGGUCCCCGGGCAGCAGCGGCCGGACGCCGCGGAGCCUCCGGCCGCGCUCCCCGCUCAGGCUCCGGGGGAGAAGAAGAAGAUCAACCGGGCUCCGUCCCCGGCCCGACCGAAGGACGUACCCGGGUGGUCUCUCACCAAGAUCCGGGGAGGCAUCGGGACACCGACCCUCAGCGUCAAACCGGGGUCCAUCCACCUGGGGAGCCGCAUCUCCAGGCGCAGUCCGGUGGGAGGUCUGAGCGGGAAGGACGGCAAAGGGGACCGGGCCGGAGGAGGCAAACAGGCGGGGAAGCUCUCCUCCGCGGCCGCGAUGAGCAAAGCCUCCGCGGGGAAGGCGGCCAAAGGAGCCGGCGGGCGGAGGAAGGUGUCGGACGCCAGUAUCGGAUCCGACGACCUGUCCAAGGACUCCGGCUGCGCCCCCGGGAAGCUGUCCCCCACCGACAGCAGCUCCGAGCUGUCGGACUGCGCCUCCGACGAAAACAAACUGUCCACGGACGCGGUGAGCAGCGACACCGAGUCCCGGAGCAGCCGGGGCGGGGGGCCGGACGGAGACAAGCCGCUCAGGGACAGACCCGGACCGCGGGCCGCCCCCCGGACCCUCGGCUCCUCCGCGGACAAGGACCGGCUGUUCCUGGGCGUGGAGGCCGGGGAGGGCAGCAUCUCCCCCGGCGAGGAGCGGUCGGUCACGUCGGUGGAGAGCCGGGUCCCCCCCAGCACCUCCCUGGCCUUCUCCGACCUGACAGAGGAGCUGAUGGACAGCAUGCAUGAGGAGUACGUCCGGGAGAUGGAGGAGCUGAGGUCCGAGAACGACUACCUCAAAGAUGAGGUGGAGGAGCUGAGGUCUGAGAUGCUGGAGAUGAGGGACAUGUACAUGGAGGAGGACGUUUACCAGCUGCAGGAUCUACGGCAGCAGCUCGAACAGGCCAAUAAAACCUGCCGCAUCCUGCAGUACCGCCUCCGCAAGGCAGAGCGGCGCUCUCUACGAGUCGCCCAAACGGGACAAGUGGACGGAGAACUGAUCCGGACUCUGGAGCAGGACGUCAAAGUGGCGAAGGACGUGUCCAUCCGCCUCCACAGUCAACUGGACACGGUGGAGAAGAAACGAACCCGUCUGGAGCAGGAGAACGAGGACCUGAGGGUCCGACUGCAGGACCUGGAGGUCGCCAAACAAGUCCUGCAGCAGGAGAUCGACAAGAAUACGCAGAAGAAACGAGGAGCGAGACCCAACAACAAACCCGACAAAAAGCUGUGUCCACAGGAGGACAGUUCAGACCUGAAGUGUCAGCUCCACUUCGCCAAAGAGGAGUCAGCGCUCAUGUGCAAGAAGCUGACGAAGCUGGUGAAGGACGGCGAGGCCAUGAAGGAGGAGCUGGCCAAGUACCGGUCGCUGUACGGCGACGUGGACGCCACGCUGACCGUGGAGGAGGUCGCCGACUCCCCUCACACCCGUGAAGCAGAGGUCAGAGUUCACCUGAAGCUGGUGGAGGAGGAGGCCAACCUGCUGAGCCGACGCAUCGUAGAGCUGGAGGUGGAGAACAGAGGGCUCCGAGCCGAGAUGGACGACAUGAAGGGACCCCAAGAUGGUCCUCAGGAUCUGGCCGGCGUUGGCGGAGGUCUGGGUGCCGGGCUCAGCGUCGGGGGUGGAGCCAUGGUUCUCGGGGGCGGAGCUUCGUCUGAAAACGUGAUGGAGCUCCAGAGACACCUACAGUUUGUGGAGGAGGAGGCGGAGCUGCUGAGGAGGUCUCUGAUCGAGAUGGAGGAGCAGAACAAGCUCCUCAUGAACGAGAUCAACCGCUACAAGUCUGAGCUCCCGCCUCCGGCCUCGGCGCUGGCAUCCAACUCACUGGCGUCGCUGACUGACGGUUUGCUCAACGACAGCCCGGUGCACUCCAUACAGGAAGGGGCGGUGCUCAUCAGCACCGACGCCCCCGCCCAGGAGGAGGAGCUCCGCGUGGCCCGCCUUCAGAUCGGCGAGUUGAACGGGAAGCUGAAGAAGCUGCAGUACGAGAACCGGGUUCUGCUGUCCAACCUGCAGCGCUGCGACCUGGCUUCGUACAACCCCGCCUCCUCGUCCUCGUCCUCGUCCUCACUGCGAUUGGCUCUGGAGACGGACGCCGAGGCCGGAGACUCCGCCCAGUGUCUGCCGUCCAGCCCUCCUCACCGCCGGGAGCCUGUAGGGGGCGAAAACGCCUCCACGGACGUCAAAGAACACAAAAAGAAGCUAGAGGACAACGCUGACGCACCGACCUGGCUCCCCGGACGCCUGGGGCAGAAGGACCAUGAUGCCUUGCUGGCCAUGAGGGACCAGGCUCGCUUGGUUUCCACGGCGAUACAGCUCCUGACCUCCCCCGAGUCCAACUGCCUGUCCCCCUCCCCAUCCAUCUACCACAAGGUCUGCAGCAACGAGGCUGCCGAGUCAUGUGACCUGGAGAAGCCGCCUCCCCACAGCCAGAUUUCUGACCUAUCGGAGCUGUCGGACCGGCCCCUGGUGGGGGCUCUGACGGGCCGCCUCCAGGCCCUUCACACCCAGCUCCAGGCCUUCGUGGAGCGGGUCGACGGGCUCAGUAAACCCCCGUCAGCAGACCUGGACCCUCCGCUCGAGGCUUUGACGUCGUCCUUCUCCGAGGAAAACCAGACGUCUGAGGAGAAGCAGCCUGAUUAUAGGAACAAGUCAGAGCCAGAGGUCAAAGGUCAAAGUGAAGAGGGCUGCACCGAGACACAAAACCAGGAAAUCAGCGAAGAAGAAAAGGAGACGCAUGAUGCACCGCUCGUCCAUGAAGCAGAAGAUUCAACCCGAGGAGUUCUGGAGGAAGCGGAACCCCAGAACCAGAACCAGAGAGAAACCAGCCUCAGGAUCACACAGCUGCAGGAGGAACACCAGCGGGCUCUGCUGCGACGGGACUUCCAGCUGCAGAGUCUGGCUCUUCAGUCUCGGCUGCAGCAGAAGAUGUGGAGUCAGGAGAGGACGCUGCUGGUGCAGGAGUCGCAGCACCUCAAACAGGCGCUGACGCUGCUCAGCCUCAAACUGCGAUGUUUCCUCAAACACUGGAGACUGGGAGGCAAGAAGGACACGGAGUGGAAGGACGUCCUGGAGAUGAACAGUUUGAAGGACCUCUACCUGCUAUUGGAGGAGGAGAACCUGACAAGCUCCGCCCAUCAGACGGACAGACGGGCCGACGAACAACCGCUCAGUCCAACAAUCAAAUCCAGUGCUGUCAGCAGUACCCUGGCUGACCUCAGGGUGGCGCUGUUGGACCUGAGCUCUGAGCUGCGACAGGAAAGACAAGGUUCACAGGAACUGACCCAACAGUUCGCCAAGGCCAAGGCAUCAUGGGAAGUGGAGCGGACGGAGCUGAAGAACCUCAUCACACAGCUGGAGUCCAAAGCGGGUAAAUCCGCUUCAGCUCUGAACUCCGCCGACGGCCCGGAUCCUCCAGACCUGAAGGUGGCGCUGAAGAGGGAACGAGAGGAGCAUCAACACCUCCUGGCUGAAUCCUACGCCGCUGUGAUGGACCUGACCAAACAGCUCCAAAUCGGGGAAAGGAACUGGGGUCGAGAGAAGCUGGAGCUGCUGGAGAGGUUCAGCCAGGAAAGAGCUCAGUGGGAACAGAGGCUGAGGGAAGCAACGGCAACGGCAGCAACACAACAGCAACAGGCCAAGUCGAGGUCGUCGGACGCCGCUGCAGACGCCAUCUUCGCUAACGGGACGGGGUCGCCACGAACUAAAUCCACGUCAGACCUGAACGGAGCCGCUGAUCAGAUGGAGAAGAACCAGGUGGAUGUGUCGUCUCAUCUGAUUCGUCCAGAGCUGAGUGAUGUCACCAGGAAGAACUGGACCUACCUGACCAAUGAGACUCCAGAGGUGGGGGACACCUGUAAAACCUGGGACGGCCCCAGCGGAUCCUUGAGCAGCUUAGAAGGAUCAGAACUGGACCUGGAGUCGGUCCAGAGGAGCUUCACGGCUCCGGACCGAACCGGGAUCCGGAUCUACUACAGCCCUCCUGCCGUCCGCCGCAUGGAGCACCGCCGAGGGGCCCCGGAGGCUCCGGAACCAGCGCAGACCCACAACGGCGCCUCCCCUCUGGGUCCGGGCGGGUCAGCGGUGGAAGCUCCGCCUCCUCAGACCUCGUUCUCGUCGUCGUACGAGCAGUGGCUCAGCUCUUUGUCCAAACAGCACCGGGAGCUUCUGGAGAGCAGGACCGGCGCCGCUUCACUGCCCGGCGGCGGCAGCAUUAAUGGGUCCUCGGGCGCCGUGGUCGACGGGAUGACCGGCGCCGCGGCGUUCCACGGACUGGAGAUCGGAGAGAUUACAGCGAACCUCAGCGACGACAUGAAGGAGAUGACCAACUGUGUCCGACAAGCCAUCCGAUCAUCUUCACUGGAGAGGAAGUCCAGCAAAGACCCCGGGGGUCCGGCGGUGGGCGUGUCCACCCGGUCCACUCAGACUGCCGCCCGGUGUGUUAGCAUUGGCCUUCAAACUGACACUCUCCCUGGCAGAGGGGCGGGGCUUCACUCCAAAGCCUGGUCUCCUCGUCCGUCUCCGACCACCACGUCCCCGUUAGCGUCGGCCCGGUCGCGGCAGAUCUCCACCUCAUUGGAUAAAGUCCACAGUCGCAUCGAGAGGCCCUGCUGUUCGCCCAAGUACGGAUCUCCAAAGCUACAGCGCCGGGUCUCCUCCGGCUCCACCUCCAGACUGGACGGCUCGACGUCCUCCAGAGAUCGCAGCCUGUGGAGCCUCCAGCAGAGGCCCAUGGGGGGCGGAGGGGGUUCAGCCUGGGCCCGGUCCACCACCACCAGGGACAGCCCGGUCCUCAGCGGACUCACUGACGGAUUGUCCAGCCUCUUCAGCGUCGUCGAACACUCGGGAAGCACCGAGUCUCUGUGGAGGAGCGACGGAGGAGCCAGUCCAGCCCGACAGCCCCCAGCUGCAGGGAAACCCUCUGCAGUCUGCGGGUCCGAGUCCGGAUCCCAGCGGUACGGUCUGGUCCAGGAGUUCUUCAGGAACGUGUGCAGCGGUCGAGGCCAGGCCGGAGUCCCUCUGCCCGGGGACAGGGCCCAGAGGGACUCCCUGGGAGUCCUCGGAGGAGUCGAUGAACCCAAACCCGAGUGUCUGUCGGCCGGACCGGGUCUGGGAGCGCUGGCCGGACUGGGAGGAGGCAACGACAACGUGACCCGCAUCGUUAAUAAGAGGUUCAUGAGGCACACGGCCGGAGAGGAGAUGGUUAGCAUCAUGGGAGGAGGAUCUGAGGAUGCACCUUGUGACUGCGCCACCCAAUCAUCCUGUUUCUCCCGCCCAUCGAGAGCGAGCGCUCGCCAUUCGCACGGCCAGUGUAAGCACCGCCCACAAGACUCCACGGCGACGGACGGAGAGAAGAGCGACGUCUGCAACGAGUGACGAUGACGACACAAAGCAAUAGGAUUAGUCCACGUUCACUGCCAGGACACACACACACACACACACUGUAACACAACGUACAUUCACUAUGACAGCCGAGCGACGCCACGGCAACCGGUGGCAUCAUGACACGUUCAGAGCAAAUGAUUAUUUAUAAAAGUUCAAAGAAAUAAGAUGAAAAAUACACCUUUAGUUUCUGAUUCUGUGGGUUACGUAGAAUCUGCCAAAAGUACGUAAUGAUAAGAGACGUAACACACACCUGUCGGCUCUGAUUUCACAAUUUAAUUAAUGUUUGAUUCAUUUUCUUUGUUUCAUGUUAAAGUCAAAAUAAAGAAAAUGAAUAAAUCGUCCCUUCUUCAACUGCAGGGACUUUAACGUUACCUGGGGUCUUAAAAAACUUUGGUGUGUUUUCACUGGAAAAAGAAACGGUAAAAAAAAUUUUCCCUGGCCUCAAAAACUUUUGCCAUAAAAACGUCAAAGUAUUGGGCGGGACUUUUCAGAUUCUUGGAAUUCUUGGGGGCGGGGCUGUGUGCUGAUUGGUGGAACACAUUUGCAGCAUUCUGUACAACCGUUCACAUCAUUUACUGAAAACAUUCAAAAGAAAUUCAUCGCGACUGAGUCUGAGUUGAAUCAAUUUUCCUGAACUUUUCAGUGGAAACACAAACCACACAGAUUUACCUGGAAUUCUUUUAGCAGGUAAAUAAAUUCCUGGAAAUAAAGGUUUUUAUUCAACAAAAGGAAACAAAAACAGUGAAAAACAUUUAAAAAUGAUAAAAUGUUUCUUCAACAUCAGAAAAUAAAACAUGGAAAUGGUUUUAUUUUUUGAUGAAAACCUUAAAUCUGAACAUUUCAUGGUGAACAUUUCGUGGUCGUUUUAAUCGUGGUCAUUCCGUUGCUCGGCUCUUUUGUUAAUUCACUGCCAAACACGACGCAACACGAGCACAGUGCACACACUGCCUCACAAUGCACUGCCACACAACUACACAACCACACAAACACAGACACACAAACCAGGCGAUCCCACACGUCUGAUUCUGGACCGAACCGAUUGAUGCCAAGGACGAGAAUCAGACUCCGCCGUCGACGAACGGCAUCAGCUCUGAUGUCAUCACCAGACUCUGACGUCCGACGCCACCGCCGACCACGGAUCGACAAGCAUGAGUCGAACGCUCGCGUCAUUCCUCUGAAACGGAAAUGAAAGUGAUCAGCACAAGACUCGGUACCAUUCCAGCCCCAGACUCCUGGAUGUGAAGGACUCGCUUUGACGCCACGUGGAGGCGGAUCUGAAGCUGAACGUGGACUUCAGCCGUCGGACCCUCUGCUCCGACGGAGACGCUUCGGGUUUUGAUCCGUUUCAGUUUUUUUUAAUAGUUCUACAUUAUUGUGAUGUCAGCCAUCUUCAGAGCUUUGUUUUGGUUCCACGUCUCCACAUGGUUUCAGGUUCAGGUUCUAUUAGAUGCUGUUCUAUGUUCUAUUAGACGAUGCACUGGUAACAAACAGGAACACCACUCCGGUCCAGAGGUCCAACCGAUGGCGUUUUCCAUCAAAGACGUUGGUGCAUGUUUGAGUUUUGGAUCCGAACACGUGAACAUGUUUGAACGAAAACUUCAAACUAAAGAACUGACACAUGUAGGUAGACUGAAGCUGCAACU